ACAAAAACGGUUUUUUGUUUUGAUUUUUCGCUCUGUUUUGAGAAUUUCCUUCAUUUUUCAGCCCAAAAAUGGAUUCCAACGCCUCAAAAACUGUCUCAAAGCAACGCGGAGUGACAAAUUGUGUGAUAAACUUGACAAAAACUUUCAUAACUCCCACUCAAGCUGCCUUACUCGUAAAUGCAACACUCGAAAAUAUCAUGUUAUUCUCCGGGCAGAUUCCUUUUGGGUUUCCCGUGUUCAAGGAACGCGUUCGUCAAGCCACAAAAGAUCAAGAAAAUCAACCCAAAAAUGCCCAAAAUUGGAGUUCUUCGAUGCAAAGUAAGCAACUUGAGGCAGCAAAAGGGAUCGUUGAUGCCAUUUCCACAAUUAAAGAAAAUGUGAUAAAAGAGUUCAAAAAAACUGUGAUAAAAGAAGUCGUCAUCGGAUUCGGCUCGACAAUUUUCAGCUUGAAGCAUGCCUUUGUGAUUCGCUUACCCAAAGUCGACCAAAAUCAUUAUUGCUCAAGUCACGAACGCGAAAAUGUCUCUUUAAUAAUGAAUUUUUCGCGUCAAUUGGCUCUUUCGGAAGCAAUUUCAACAGAAAUCGAUGGAAAAAGUCAAAAAAUAUUUCUGUUACUGCGGAAAUCGGGCGAAAAUCAAAGUGUUGAGGAGUUUUUUAGACCAAUGCCGGGAUUUCAGCUGCCAAAAAAUUGUAAAACUGUCUGUUUGGAGGUUUUGUUGAAGGAAGCAGAGGAGAAAAAGGAUGAAAAUUGUUGUAAAAUGAUGAAAAUUUGUUCGGAAGUGACGAAUUUGAAGAUUGAAAGUAGCGAAGUUGAAGCAGAGAGUGUUAAAGAUGCAUGUAAUUGGUUCAUUUCGUCACUUCCGAUAACAGGAAUGAAAAAAUCUUUUUAGUUUUAGAAUUUUUUUACGUGAAUAAGUAGGUUUUGUUCAAAUUUUAUAGAAAAAAAUAAUAAAUUUCAAUCAAAA